AUGGGUGAUCAUCGCAAGGAGCUUCUUCGCUUGCUUCGGGAGAGUUUGCAAAGGGACGAGGAGAUGAAACUGGAACUUAGCGUGCUAACCAAGGUAUAUACGGUUCGUCAGUUCUAGAUCAAAACGUUCUGUUUCCAGGGCAAGAAAUCAGCGGAGAAGAAACAAAACGUCGUGGUUCCUCUUAACCGUGAUCUACACGAGCUGAUUGGAGCCCUCACUGAGUGCAUGAAGAACUCAAUCUCUGCAAUCAAUCGUGUUCGUGAAAAUGGCAUGUACGUGGCAACUGAGGAAAAGUCCGACGUCGAUCAGAGUGACGCCAUCAGCAAGAUGUCCCCGUGA